CCAGCGCCCACUCCAUCUCACCGACAACAACCCCCAAACACACUCGUCUCCCAUACCACUUCUCUAUUCCCAUCUCUGAACCACUCAUUCACUCAGGAUGGACAUUAGGUUCUUCGGUCUCGACGAUCCGCUCCUCCGCACCUUCUACAACGUCAUCGAUUCAGACGAUCAUCACAACGACAAAUCCACUACCACCCCAACCAGAACCUUCGUCCGCGACGCCAAGGCCAUGGCCGCCACUCCCGCCGACAUUGUCGAGACUCCGACCUCCUACGUCUUCGUCGUCGACAUGCCUGGCCUGAAAUCCAAUGGCAUUAAGGUGCAGAUCGAGGAUGGCAAUGUGCUUCUCAUCAGCGGCGAGCGCCAGCGCGAGAACGAGGAGAAGGAAGGCACCAAGUACCUCAGAAUGGAGCGCCGGAUCGGCAAGUUCAUGCGGAAGUUCGCUUUGCCGGAGAAUGUCGACACCGAUAAGAUAUCCGCGGUUUGUCAGGAUGGCGUGCUUACCGUGACUGUCGAUAAGAAGCCUCCGCCGGAGCCGAAGAAGCCGAAGACAAUUGAGGUUAAAAUCGCCUGAGCAGCCACAAACAUCAUCCGCUACUACAGUACAAUCAAUGAUUCCAAUUUCCAAAAGCUUAUGUAUGUUGCAAUCUUUCUGAUUUCUAUCGUCAUCUAAUAAACACCAGUGCUGCUACUGCCUUUUGUUUUGAAAAUAGUGAGUGGAUGAAUGAAUUAUGUUGCUGUGAUCUUCCGGUUUUGAUUGUAUUGUUUAAUAACGACAUGUUGUUGCUGAAA